UUAGAGAACCGUUAUGGGCAUCGUUCACUGUUUAGUUUUAUAGACCAAAUGAACAAUCCAUUAAGUGAGAAAAUAAUCGUUAGAUUGAUUAAUCAUUAGUUGCAGCUUUCCAUAAGGGAAUAGCAGGGUCCAGCUACAAACUAUACUACAGGCUUUACACUAAUACUGCACACUCAGCUCUUUGGUAGCAGCUGCUAUUUAAUUUGGUUAUGGACUGGUCUGACAGCUAUCAAGGUUUACUCUGUUCCUUCUGCUGUGUCUUAUCUACACAUUAAACACUCUGCUCUAGUGUGUGUUUUUCCACCUGUAGGGAACUGGCCAGGGUUGGUAUCAUUUGCACAGUUAAGUAAUUUGACCAUUUCUAUCCCAGGGUAGAGCCUGUAGGAAAUUAUAAAGCCAAGAACAAGCUGGAUGAUACAUUCCUGGUGUGUAAGCGCAAGCUGGAGAGUAAGAAAGAGGCCUUGCUCAUUCUGUCCAAGGAGCUGGAUACCUGUCAGCAGGAACGAGACCAGUACAAGCUGAUGGCCAACCAGCUGAGGGAGCGCCACCAGGGAAUCAAGAAAAAAUACAGGGAACUCAUUGACGGCGACCCCUCUUUGCCGCCAGAAAAACGCAAUCAAGUGAACCUGGCUCAGCUGUUGAGAGACUCGAGGGAACGAGCGAAACGGCUCGCUGAGGAGGUGAAGGAGCUGAAUCAGAGACUUACGGAGGCCCAGGGGGAUAACAAGCUCCUGAGGAUGACCAUUACUCGACAGAGGCUGGGGGAUGAGGAGGUGGGGGCACGCCACUUCCCCGCCCAUGAACGUGAGGAUCUGGUUCACCAGCUUGAGAGAGCAGGGCUACAGAUGGAGGAGAUGGAGCACAACAUGAAGGCUCUGACGGACGAGCUGCAGGACGUGAAGGCGGAGCGCAGUGUGUUCAGGGAGAAGGCCUACCGACUCAACGUGGAGCUCAACCACGUCUUGGGCAACCGGGAGGCACGCAUCAUUGAUGUGGAUGCCCUCUGCAUGGAGAACAGGUAUUUGCAUGAGCGUUUCAGCCAACUACAAGAGGAGGUCAGCCUGCUGAAAUCCAACAUCAUGAAGUACAAGACGGCUCUUGAGAGGAGAAAAAACUCCAGCACAUAUGGGAAAUCAAACAGCAGUCCCCUCACUGGAGUCCUCUCAGCAAAACAAGUGCAAGAGAUGCUCCUGGAAGAGAAGGGCUGCAGCCUGCCAGCCACGCCUCAGUCCAUCUCUGACCUCAAGUCCCUGGCCACGGCUCUGCUGGAGACCAUCCAUGAGAAGAACCUGGUCAUCCAGCACCAGAGGCACACCAACAGGAUCCUUGGAAACAGAGUAGCAGAUUUGGAAAGGAAGCUGAAGACGUUGGAGGUUUCAGGACUGUGGAGUCUUCCAGGCUUGACCUACCGCGUAUCCGUGGGAAUUGGGAGGACACGAGACGACAUUUCGCUGAAUGACAAUCUUCAACCGGAGCUUCGGCCAACACCUGCCACGUCUCGGCCAAACGUGCAGCCACCCAAAGUUGUGUCAGACGACAGAAGUUCACAUGAAUCAUCAUGGGAAUGCCACGCUGCCGGCAGCGACCUUGGCACAGAUGGCGUCAGCGGGGAAGACGCACCUGCACUGCUCGACAGCCUGGAGCCUCUAGUGGGGGUGGAGACGAAUGGGAUUGACGGGAGAGUGGGAGAAAUGGUGACCCUGGCGGAAGAUGGAGCCGCCUCAGAGCUGGAGGAGGGGCGGAGUCCAGUGGAAGAGGCGGGGCGUGAGGUGGAGGGAGUCGAGGAUGAGGAACUGGGUUCCACGGUGGAGGAGGGAGAAGAGGCAGCUCUGGCGCUGGGUGUCACGUCUACUGAAUCAGACCUUCCAUGGCUUCGAAUUAAACAAGGCUCUGUCGAUCAUUCAGAGGUGGGUCAUCAGCCCUGCGAAUCCCAGGACGAUGGGUCAUAUCAUGUACCUGAACAUGUAGAAGCCUCUUUAUCAAUUCCAGAGAACCGGUCCACAGUGGUGUCGAAUACAGCGGGGUGGGACAUCGUGGAUCUGUGCGGUGACACCUGUCAUAGUGACAACUUGGCAUGAUCUGACGUCACUAAAAAAAAGACUUAUUUAAAUCCUUCUCGUUCUUAUUGACAACUACAUUAUUCAGACCUAGUUACAUUUGCACAACGUGGCCACCGCUCACUAGCUCCCUGUUCCACCUCGCAGCUCUGUUUCAGUCAAUAAAACGGAGAGAAAACACUUUUUCAGCCACUGUUGACGGAGCCGGAGGUGUAUCUAGACAGGCUUGUUGCUGCGCAGGAACCGGCAAUCUUGGAAUCAAUGGAGUUGCAAACUUCAUGCCCUACAGGAAGUUUAGCUAGGAAAAUAACAAAUAUGGCAGCUUCAACUCCUGUGUGCCCCAUAUUCCCUUCUUCCGUUCCCCUGCGAUAAAAUAAUCCCAAUUGUUUGCUUUCUACUUCUUCCUAAGGGAUGCCAGUAAACGGAGUGCUGCGUUUUGUUGUUACUCUCAUAGGGGGUCCAAAUUGGCUUACCAAAACGUGUAAUGAAUGUCUUGUACAUAUGUGUUAAUGAAUAAUAUUAAUAUUAGAGAUUCUAUUGAUGUCUGUUCAUCUGUAUGGGUUAAUCUUACUAAUCAGUCCGUUUUUUUUUUCCUUAUGUAUAUUUAUUUAGAAGUUGAUAUUUGGAUGAGACUACAUGUGCCUUAUAUGUGGAAAUAUUUACUGAUAUUUAUUAAUAUAAAUGCAAAAAACCUGCAA